UCACGUGACAGCGCGGCCGAGCCAGGAAGAUGAGUGUUCGGACGGUGUGGAGUUUGGGGAAUUUCUCCAGGGCUGUCAUACGGACAGCUACUCUGCGCUGCGUACAGACUGCCCACAGGAGAGUGGGAAUAGCUGUAAAAAGGGAUAUACCCGGCCGACGGGGCAGCAGGGGCACACCGCCAUGUGUAAUGACCCCAGGUAGAUGGGCAGGAUCACGUGACUGCAGCCUGCGCCCUCCCUUCUUCCUGAUGAGUUGUGCAGCAUUUUCCAUUUUCUCUAAACUUCGCGAGGAGGAUGAAGACCUUUCCGAGCCAGAACAAGAGAUAGUUUACCUGUUAAAGAAGGCCAAGCUCAGCAUUAUGAAAGACGAGAUGGAUGAAGCAGAAGAACUUUUACACAAGACUCUUCAUCUGGCUCAAGAAUGCAAAAGCAAACGUGCCAUUCUUUACACAUAUGAUCUGAUGGCAAAUUUGGCGUUACUAAGGGGCCGGUAUGACACUGCAGAAAAGUUAUUUAAGACCACCAUGGUGUACAUGCUUGAUAGUGGAAUCAAACAGGAUGACAAUUCAUUUCUCGAGAUCUCACUGAAGCUCGCCAGUAUCUUCGCUGCUCAAAACCAGAAGGACUUGGCGGUGGCAGGAUACCAGUUCUGUAUCCUGAGUUUGGAUACAAGGACUAAGCAGGAACGAGAUCUGCCAGAGGAAGUAAUGGCAGCAGAGGAAAAGACAAACACGCGGCUUCUCCUAGGUCUGUGUUUGGAUUCGUAUGCACGUUACCUGGUGAGCGAAUCCCAGCUGUUACAUGCACAGGUCAUGUAUGAGAAAGCACUAAAGAUCUGUAAGGAGGAGCAAGGAGAUCUUCACCCACAGACCAUCACACUGCUCAAUGACCUGGCCACAGUGAUGGAGGCACAGGGCCGCUAUGAUGAAGCUUACACCUUUGCCAGCCAAGCACUUCAUCUAGCUGAAAAGGCAGACCAUCCAGAUCACCAUAUCAUGCUCAGCAACAUGGCGGCAAUUCUGAUGCAUCAAGGAAAGAUGGAAAACUUGGUGGACGCUGAGCGGAUCUUCAGGAAGGCGCUGAUGAAGGCAGAGGAGAAGAAGGAUGCCAAGUCUGUUCAGUUUAUCCAGGAAGGACUUUCUAAACUGGCCAGGCAGAAGAAGGAAAAAGGCCAAAAUAUCUAA